CGGAAGCUGCUGCUGUCUGAGAAAAGCGAAACUUAUUCGUUUUUCGCUUAUCCCUAUUGGCACGACGUGCAUUUCUCAGUCCAGUGUGAGACCUCCUCAAAUCCACCCGUACUGCUUUAAAUAAGCAAAAUGGCUAAAGCUGAGAAAUCUUCCUAUGAAGAUCAGUUUCGUUGCUCAGUGUGCCUGGACAUUCUAAAGGAACCAGUUACUAUUCCUUGUGGACACAACUACUGCAUGAGCUGUAUUAAUGACUUCUGGUCAGGCUUGGGUCAGAACGCUGUGUACAGCUGCCCUCAGUGCAGGGAGACGUUUUCUCCAAGGCCUGCCCUGAAGAAGAACAGACUUUUGGCUGAAGUGAUGGAGAAAAUGGAAAAUGCUUCAGAUCAGGCUGGAACUUCUGAUCAGAAUACCUCGACAAGAGUAAAAUCGGAGUGUGACUUUUGCAUAGGAGCCAAAAACAAAGCAGAGAUGUUCUGUUUGCAGUGUUUAGCCUCGUACUGUGAGCUUCACCUCCAGCCUCACUACGAAUCUCCUGUUUUCAUGAAGCACAAACUUGUCCCGGUGUCCGCGCAAAUACAGAAAAACAUCUGUUCUCAUCACGGCAAACUGAUGGAUAUUUACUGUUGUGAUGACCAGCAGUGUAUCUGUUACAUGUGUAUGGUUGAAUGUCACAAAAACCACCAAACAUCAUCUGUGGAAUCUGAGAGGAUCAAACAUCAGGGUGCCUUGGAAACGACAAAGAUGGAGUGCCAGCAGAUGAUUGCUCAAAGAGAGGAAGGCCUAAUGAAGCUCACCAAGGCUGUGACAUCUAUUAAGAGUUUUGCACAGGCAGCAGAGGAGAACAGUGAGAGCAUGUUCACUGAGCUGAUCAACUCCAUGAAGAGAAGACGCUCAGAGGUGAAAACGCUGAUCAGAGCUCAAGAAAAGACCGAACUGAGUCGAGUCGAGGUACUUCGCCAGCCGCUGGAUCGUGAGCUCGCAGAGCUGAGGGCAAAAAUGACUGAAAUAGACCAGCUUUCAGCUACACACGAUCACAUCGAAUUCAUCAGGAAACACACAUCUGUUCAUUCCAUGCCCAUAUUUAAUGACUUGCCCUCCAUAACCUAUAUGACCCAUAAUCCUUCUGGAAACAUUUCCAUUUCUGAAGUCAAAGAACACAUUGAGGAUGUCUGUCAACAGGAAAUAGCAAGGAUAUCAAAAGAAGUUAUGGACAUCUAUAUUGUGGAGCCUUCAGAGCCAGAGACCAGAGAGGAUUUUUUGCAAUAUUUCUGUGAUCUUCAUGUGGAUCUGAACAGCAUCAAUAACAGCCUUUGUCUAUCAGAGGGAGACAGAAAAGUGACCCAGUCUCUUACAGCCCAGCAAUAUCCUGACCAUCCUGAGAGAUUUGACCACUUUGCAAAUGUCUUAUGUAAAGAAGUUCUUUAUGGCCGGUGUUACUGGGAAGCUGAGUGCACCGGUAAUGAUUGGUCUGUAGCAGUUUCAUACAAAGGAAUCUGGCGUAAAGGAGGCAGUAAUAAGUGUAGACUUGGGUUUAAUGCUAAGUCCUGGAGGUUGUCCUGCUCUAAGAAAGGAUAUUAUUUCAGACAUAACCAAAAAUUGAUCAGUCUUCGUCAGUUAAAUUCGACAACUGUUGGUGUGUACCUGAACCAAAGUGCAGGAACUCUGUCCUUUUACAGUGUUUCUGAACAGAUGACCCUUCUCCAUAAAGUUCAGGCAACAUUUACUGAGCCACUCUAUGCAGGGUUUGGGGUUGGUGGUGGCUCAGCUGUUCAAAUUCGGAAAAAAUGCUGAAAACAUUUAAAUUCAGAAAUACUUAGUAAUAGCCACAGUCUGCUUAACUACAGAAAUGAAAGUUAAAAUCAUAAUAUUGAACUUAAAAAACAAAUUAAAAGCUGAUGCAAUUCAUUUCAUUUGGAUUGUUUUAAAUAAUUAAUUUAUAAUAAAACAAUAAAAUCAAUAUUUUAUACAUUCCCAGGUUGCUAUACAAUGUGUAAUGUCUAUUCAUUAAUUUUUUCGACAAACAUCAGACAUGUACCUCAAAAUCAGUCACGGAUUAAAAGGCACAAAGCAAUAACUUACUUUUAUACUCACUCACCGCCUGUACCGCUCUAUCCUGUAUUCAUGGUCACAAGGGGCCUGUAGUUAUCCCAGGAGACUUGGGGCAUGAGGCAGGGUAUACCCUGGACAGGGUGCCAAUCCAUUACAGGGCACACAAACACAUAUUCAUUCAUACACUACGGGCAAUUUGGAAAUGCCAAUUACCCUAAUCCGCAGGGCUUUGGACUGUGGCAGGAAACCGGAGUACCCCGAGAGAAUCCACCAAGCACGAAGAGAACAUGCAAACUCCAUGCACAUAGAGACGGUAAUCGAAGAAAGUUUUAUCGAGAAUUUGGCUAUUCUGAAGCUUAAUGGCCUCAUGUUUAGGCCACAAUGAGGCAUUCUUUUUUUAAUAUUCUAUUAUUUAUGCUAUUGUGUAUACAACAGUUAGUUAAGGGACAUCGAUAAUAUAUGUUAAAAUAAUAAUAGUGGAUUGUUUAGGGGGGGGGGUUUGGUUAAAAAACUUUUUUAUUAAUAUGUUAUCUGAUAUACCAUACAUAAGUCCAGGUGAUUGUAAAACAACGGAUAAUUAUAAACGAUUUUACUAUAUUAAAACUUAUAUGAUAUCUGAAGCUAGUACAUGAGUCAUUCAUGAUAUGAUCCAUAGUAUUUCAUAUUUUGAUACUGCUGAGAUAUGCUUUAAAUAAUUAUAGUAAAAGUACUUUGGUUAGAUGAUUCCUAUUUAUCAAAACCCAAACUUUAUUACAGCUGUCAAAUGAAUUCUAAAAUAUAUUGUGAACUCAUUACCCUGGACUCCAAUAAAGCAACACAUUGAGGCAAAGCUC